CGUCGGGACGUUUCCAGCAUUUUUGCAAUGAUGUUCAGACCCACUUGAAUCUGAAACUUUCUGAUGCUUCUGCCAGAACUGGUGGAAAGCGUGACCUUUUUCACCCAGCAGUCUGGUCAGCACCACGAUGGACGCGAGCGGUGAGUGCGCAGCGGGCGACAGCUGCGGGGAGAGCGUCAGUCUCAGCGUGCUCAACUGGGAGCAAGUGCAGCGGCUGGACGCCAUCCUCACCGGCUCCAUCCCCAUCCACGGCCGCUGGAGCUUCCCCACCCUGGAGGUAAAGCCCCGGGAUAUUGUCAAGGUGGUGCGAAGCCGCAUGGAGGAAAAGCGGAUUCACGUCCGGGAGGUGCGACUGAACGGAUCCGCGGCCAGCUACGUCCUGCACGAGGACAGUGGUCUGGGGUGGAAAGAUCUGGACUUGAUUUUCUGCGCCGAGCUGAAGGGAGAGCUGGAGUUUCAGACUGUGAAGGAGCUGGUGCUGGACUCUCUUUUAGACUUCCUGCCUGAGCGAGUGAAUAAAGAGAAGAUCACCCCUCUGACCCUAAAGGAAGCAUAUGUGCAGAAGAUGGUGAAGGUGUGCAACGAUUCGGAUCGCUGGAGUCUCAUCUCGCUCUCCAACAAUCGUGGCAAGAACGUAGAGCUCAAGUUUGUGGACUCUCUUCGCCGGCAGUUCGAGUUCAGCGUGGACUCUUUCCAGAUCCGUCUGGACUCCCUCCUCCUCUUCUACGAGUGCUCGGAGCACCCCAUGGCUUCAACGUUCCACCCUACCAUCCUUGGGGAGAGCGUCUACGGCGACUUCCCCACCGCCCUCGACCACCUGCGCAAGCGCCUCAUCUGCACCCGGAGCCCCGAGGAGAUCCGAGGCGGGGGCCUGCUGAAGUACUGCCACCUGUUGGUUCGGGGUUUCCAGGCGGCGUCGGACAGGGAGAUGAAGCUGCUGCAGCGCUACAUGUGCUCGCGCUUCUUCAUAGAUUUUCCCGACGUGAGUGAGCAGCGCCGCAAGCUGGAGUCUUAUCUGCAGAACCACUUUGAGAACUUGGAGGACAGGAAGUAUGACUACCUGGCCACGCUGUACGACGUGGUGCAGGAGAGCACCGUGUGCCUGAUGGGACACGAGAGGCGCCAGACGCUCAGCCUCAUCUCGUCGCUGGCGCUUAGGGUCCUGGCCGAGCAGAACACCAUCUUCAAUGCUGCCAAUGUCACCUGCUUCUACCAGCCAGCCCCAUACAUCUCAGAUGGCAACUUCAGCAACUAUUACAUAGCGCAGGUUCAGCCCAUCUACACUUGCCCACCUUCACCUUCUCAGCAGUACCUUCCUCCUCUGCAACAUCCCAUGUACGCUACCUGGCUGCCCUGUAACUGAACUUGGCGUAAACCCAUUUUAUUUUGCGUAAACAGUGGAACUCAUGU